AUGGCGAACAUCCUCGACGUCCCGGAGGUCUCAGAAGCCCUGAUCAAUAUCCUCCUACCAGACGUUCACAUCGUCGUGCAUCGCAAAAAGAACUACACCCACGCCAACGACCAGUACCACAUCAGCUGGUGCAAUGCCGCGGAAUGGGCGACAUUUCUGCGCUACUCAUCGACCAACUCGACCACGAGAGCUCGCUGCAACCAGGCUCUCCAGCACGGCUUACAACACGGCACCAUCAAGCUCAUCAUGGACAUGGCGCGUCAUCCAGUCCACCCCGGACGUCGCCGUGCAAACCACCUUCUCGAUCCUCCUCCACCUAUGUGGCUUCUGCAGUCCAUCACUAGACUGGAAGUCCUCUGUCCGUACACCGCGGACGACAUGCCAGCAUGGGAAUUCGGCCCAGAGACCGAGACCGCGAUGAUGCAGGUCUCGACCAUCUAUCGCCUCUUCCCGCCCAACGCACCCGGCGCCCCCCUUCCUGGCCAAAACGACAUCAUCCUCGGCGUCAAUUGGAAACUCCUUUACUCAUCGGCGCCCAACCCCAGCGGACUCGCUCGCGUCGCGGCAUAUGAAAUCGAGUGGGCGAUCCGUAAUCAGCUUCACUCCGCUCCGGUCCCGUUCUUGCCUACUGUCAAUGCAAAGGGACUGUACAAUCUCGGCAUUCUCUUCGCGAUCAAGGCUUCGAAGUUCGCGCAGUUCAAGGAGUGCUACUACUACGAUGAGCCGCGGUUCAACGUUACAGUCCACGCAGUUGCUGUUGACUAUCAGCGUUGGGUGGAGGCUGGCAUGCCCUGA